CCGGUGCAUUCCAAGAUGGCGGCGGUGCCGGGCGGCUCGCGGCGCUGGGACCCCGCGGCGCUGGGCCUGGACCCGUCCUGGCGCCUCACGGCCUACGGGGAACUGCGCGGCUGAGGCUGCAAAGUCCCGCAGGAGACGCUGCUCAAGCUCCGGCGGGACUGGAAGGGCAGCGCCGGGAAGAAGAGACGGAGGGGAAGGGGCGGAAGCGGAGAGCGGCGGGGCCCGGCGCUGGGCAUCGGGCUGGACUCGUGUGUGAUCCCGCUGCGGCACGGGGGGCUCUCGCUGGUGCAGACCACCGACUUCUUCUACCCCAUUAUCGAUGACCCCUACAUGAUGGGCCGCAUCGCCUGCGCCAACGUCCUGAGCGACCUGUACGCCAUGGGGGUGACAGAGUGUGACAAUGUCCUGAUGCUGCUGAGCGUCAGCCAGCGCAUGAGCGAUGAGGAGCGGGACAAGGUGAUGCCGCUGAUCAUCCAGGGCUUUCGGGACGCGGCCGAGGAUGGGGGGACGUCGGUGACAGGGGGACACACCGUGCUCAACCCCUGGGUCAUCGUGGGGGGCGUGGCCACUGCAGUCUGUCAAUCAAGCGAGUUCAUCAUGCCGGACAACGCCGUGCCUGGGGACGUCCUGGUGCUGACCAAGCCCCUGGGGACACACAUGGCUGUCACCGCCCACCAGUGGCUGGACAUGCCCGAGCGCUGGAACAAGAUCAAGCUGGUGGUGACGCGGGAGGAGGUGGAGCUGGCCUACCAGGAGGCCGUGGCCAGCAUGGCCACGCUGAACCGCACCGCCGCGGGGCUGAUGCGCGCCUUCGGGGCGCACGCGGCCACCGACGUGACGGGCUUCGGGGUGCUGGGGCACGCGCGCGCGCUGGCGGCGCGGCAGCGCCUGGACGUGGCCUUCGUCAUCCACAACCUGCCCGUGAUCGCCCGCAUGGCGGCCGUCAGCAAGGCCUGCGGGGGCCGCGCGGGGCUGCUGCACGGCACCGCCCCCGAGACCUCGGGGGGGCUGCUGGUGGUGCUGCCCCGCGCCCAGGCCGCGCGGUUCUGCGCCGAGCUGAAGGCGCCAGGCCGCGCCCCGGGGCUGCAGGCCUGGAUCGUGGGCGUCGUGGAGAAGGGGCCCCGCGGCGCCCGAGUCAUCGACAAACCCCGAGUGAUCGAGGUGCCGCCCCGCGGGGCCCCCGACAGCCCCGACCCCCCCCCGGAGCCGCCCCGAGCCGCCUUCUAGGGGAGAGACCCCCCGAAAAUCCCCGAAUGGGGCAAAUCCCAACCCUGAGACAGCUCCCGCAAAAGGGACCCCAAAGAAAACCCCGAAGUUGGGUCAGAUCCCCCCAA